AUGGGGUCACUUUGUCAGGUUUUUGAUUCUGAUGAACCUUGGUAUUUAUGGAUGUUGCUGCUAAAGAAUGAAAAUUUCAACAAAAGAACCACACUUUGCCCCGAAAAUGGGAAGAAAGUCGAUAAGAUAGUGACCAACAGAACCUUCCCCUGUUUUGGUGAGGGUUGUGCGAACCAACCCCUCGUGUACCACAACCAGUCAAGAGUUGUUUCAGAUGGCAAUAAAAGUAGCUCCUUGGUCAGAGGAUUUUACGGACUUCAUGCUGAUUUAAGCGUUGGCGCUGGAAAUAAAAAAAAAUUCUUCUCCACUACAUGGCACAAGAACUUGAGUACAAACAGUUGGAUUGUGUCGCAAAAGAACAGUCAAUUCUACCUCUUCGACAUCGGGAGCUUUUGGAAAAACAAUGUGGACCCGUAUGACUAUGAUGUCAUAACCGAUGUUACCCGAUAUAGCAAGAUGAUUAUCAACCCAUCAACUCUAAGCUGGUGCCGCCUGGACAACCUCGUUUCGUGCCCACCUUACCACUCUUUCGACAUUUGUGACCCGUAUAGCAACCCGCAAGCCCAGGAGUUGGUCCAGAACCUGCCCCAUCCCGAGUGGGUUGUGCAUGGGUACCCCGAGAAAAAGGAAGAAGGGUGGGUUGAUGACCCGAGGACCUGGAAACUCUAUACUGGGGCCGGCCUUUCGAGUCGGUUGUAUUUCUAUCAUGAUCCGGGAACAAAACCAGCAACACUAGUAUGGUCAUCGCUUAAUGUCGGUACAGAAAUUUACGUGAGGCCAGUAGGGUCUACAACCGAAUGGACUGUUAGCGACUUUCAUGUUUAAGUUCAUAAAGAUGCCGAAAACGGGCGCCUGAGGUAUAUGUAGUGUGUGUUUACAUUUACAGCCUUCAUCGAAAGGAAAUAGAAAUGAAUGUCCGAUGCGUCGACUAUGUAAUGUGUUUCCUCAUAUUCUCAAUGAGGUCCUUUUACCUAUUUGUGGUAAUUUUUUGGUACUCAAAAGCGUUGUUUGUGUUUGAUGCACCAGAAUAUUAUGCCUGCAAUCUGGACGAGUUCUUGAGCUUCUAUGAUCCCAAAAAUUAGUAAUUAUUCAAAUAUGGAUGGAACAAGAAUAUGGAGCUCUAUCCAUAUUUGUAUUGACAUUGCAUUGACAAUUGUGUUAUGAAUUUUUGAUAUUUGAAGAUCUUUUAUUAUAAGAACUCAUUUUGUGCUUAUUCUUAAGAACCUUCUACUUUUUUAAUGUUUAUAGGUAGUGUUUAUGAAGACAUUAUUAUAUUUUAUCAUUUAGACUCAUUAGUUCAUUUUAUUGCUCAUAUUUAAAUGUAAAAAUAAUUGACCAAAUUUAACCAUAAUCGUGUUUAUUUUAUUCUUCAUAUUU